AUGGUGCCUUGGAAGUGGAUGGCAUGGCCCCCUGGAAGACCCUUUUUCCUACGACCAGACAGGUGGUUUUCCACUUGCAUGUGGAUUUCAAGGAGUGUAGCUGUAGGCUGCUGGCCAAAAUUUUCGAAACAAGCCUGGAAGUCGUCGUCCUUGUCGUCAGAUCCGGAACUUCCCUCCGGGCAGCUGUGGAGAAUGCAACCUGAAGAUGAGGUGUUCAACUCGACCGAGCCGCGCUGGAGGUGUUCCGACUUGCCGGAAGACCCGAAGACUCCAGGGCCCGCCUUCUACCACCCAAUGCCUUUGCGCAGCCCCACGCCGCCGGCACACGACUUUAGUUCUUCCACUGUGCAAAGGUUUACGGAUCCGCCCAGGGACGAAGUUGAGAGCGAGGAGACAGACCUGGACUUCGUGUUGGAGGGUGCCUUGGCCAGCCCACAGAUGGGCAGGGAGGUGGAAUGGCUGGAGACCUCAGGACGCAGCGGGCUUGCGGGCUUAGCCUUCGACAGGGAUGUCCACUCAAGCGGUCGUGCCGGUCCAGCACGACCACGCGCGGUGGAGAUGAAGCCUCCCUCGCGUGGGCUCAGCCGAGCCUCUGAGCCGGGCCGAGCCGUGUGGCAGGCGCUCAAGGCGGAGGCACCGCAGGUCUCGGUGACGGCACCCUUGGGGAAGUCGGAGGAGGGCGGUGGCCUUCUCCUUGGGCGUAUUGGCGAGAGGAGUCCUGCGCGAGGGAACCAGAAGAACGAGAACGAGGACGUCAAGGGGCCGCCUGCGGUGUCGAACAAGCUCCUGCUGCCGAUUCGCAAACAGCCGGACCAGGCGCAGGUGGAACGAGAAGAGAUUGACCGUUUGCUGCAAGCUGUCUCUGAGACGCUGCCGCCCAACGGGCGGAUCUGCAUCCUGGGCGGCACCGAGAUGCACAACCCCGAGACCAAACCUUUGGUCCAAGCCGUCGCUGAGAGGCUGGCGCGACAGCUGCCCAGCGACGCGGUGGUGCUCACCGGUGGAAUGGCAGGGAUCCAGGAGCAGAUGGUGAAAUCAUUGAGCCUUCAUGGAUUUCAAAAGGUGGUGAACCUGGUGCAUAUGGGCCAUGAAAGAAGCUAUGGCAUCGGGGAGGACCUUUGCGCCGGUUUGGACGUCACCGAGCGGAAGAAGGUCUUCGGCGCGGUAGGAGACGUCUACCUUUGCUUGGAGGGUGGCCCCGGCGUCGCUGAGGAGGCGGCCGCCGCCUUUGCCCGAGGCGCGCGCAUCAUCCCGCUCAUGGCGCUCGGGGGCGCGGGGUCGGGCGAGUUUCACUUCCCGUUGGAUGCCUUGGAGACGCCACACUGGUCUUCCAGCAAGGACUGGGCGGCACUCACUGCGCCCUUGCCCGGGCAUCGAGAAGACAUGGCCGAUGCCGUGGUCCGGCUGGUCUUACAAGCCCUGCAGGAUCCUAGAAGCAGAGGUCGCCAUGCGCGGAACGUCCAGGACAGCUCGCCCGACGUGGUGGUCACUGGGCCUGGGCCCUUGUGGUUUAUCCAGGGCUGCGGCCUUACCCUGUGA